AUGACUUUGCCCCUCUCUCCCACAGAUGGAUCAGCUGCGGUACCUGGGGGCCCUGGCUCCCCUCUGCAGGUGGAGGUGUCUGACGUGAACAAGGACUACGUCUUCCUGCGCUGGCAGCCCCCCAGUGCAGACGGAGCCACGGCGGUACAGGGCUACUACAUAGAGAGGUGUGACAUUGGUGCUGGGCAGUGGGUGCGCUGUAAUGAGCUCCUCCAGAAGGCCUGUUACUACCCUGUGACGGGCCUACAGGACAGCACCAUGUAUCAGUUCCGUGUGUGUGCUGUCAACCAGGCCGGGGCGGGCCGUCCUUCCAAAGCCACUGAGCCUGUGCUCACCUUUGACCCCAACGAGGCCAGCAGGACUAUGGUGGUCAAAGUGGACAGAGGGAGGGAGAUCAUCAUCACCAAGGACGAGCUGGAAGGUCGGAUUCGUGUCCCAUUACCCCCAACUGACGUGCGUGUGUGUGAGUUGAGUGACACGUAUGUCGUGCUGUGCUGGAACGAGCCAGAACCCCGGGGCAGAGAGCUGCUCACCUUCAAUGUGGAACGGUCCGUUGAGGGGAAGAACAGUUGGCGUCUGGCCAGUCUGGACGUGGUGGUCGGUUCCACAAGAUUUGUCACCUUUGACCUCCAGAAAGGCACAUCCUACAGUUUCCGCGUGCGUUCGGUCAACAAAUACGGUGUGAGCGAUCCGUCUGAGCCAAGCGCACCGGUCACACUUGGGACACCUCAAGCAUCACCCCCUGUUCCUAAGGGUGUCCAGGCCACCAGGGACACAGACUCGUCUGUCCUGCUGCAGUGGAACGAGCCCAAGGACAAAGACACCAUUCUGGGAUACUAUCUGUACUACAGCGAGGCUGGGAAGAGCGAAUGGAGGAGCGUCAACAACAAGCCCAUCACCAACAACAGGUUUACCGUGCAUGGGCUGACCAAAGACAAGCGGUACGUGUUCCGCGUGAAGUCGGUAGGCCGCGCCAGAAACAGCGAAUACUCGGAGGAAUCGGACCCAGUCGUGGUCAAAUCGGCCAUAUAUGUCCCGUCCUCUCCCUCGGCCAUUGCCCUGCUGCACUGCUCUGAGUCAGAGAUGCUCCUCAACUGGAGAGGUCCGUCCUGCGACGGUGGCUCUCCUGUCCUUGGGUACUACCUGGACCAGAGAGAGAAGGCCCAGACCACUUGGCGCGAGGUGAACAUCAAGCCCAUCAAAGAGAGACUCUACAAGGUGUCUAACCUUCUCGAGGGGCAGUAUUAUCAGUUUCAUGUGUUUGCUGCAAACAUUGUCGGAAUUGGCAAGCCCUCAAAACCUAGUGAGCUUUUUCUCUGUGAGGAAUGGACAAUGCCAGAGGCAGGCUGUCCCUAUGAUCUGGAAUUCCGAGAGGUCCGCAGUAAUUCCCUGGUGCUCCUGUGGGCAGUGCCCGUCUAUACGGGCCAAUCAGAGAUCAGCGGCUAUAUGAUAGAGCUCAGCGAGGGGGAGGAGUCUGAGGACUGGACACCUGUGAAUGAGGAGCCAAUCACAGACCCCCACUUUAAGGUACCUGGGCUAAAAUCAGGUCGCACAUAUCGUCUGCGUGUCUCUGCUGUCAAUCAAGCUGGUGUAGGCAUGGCCUCCAUCCCCUCUGAGCCAAUAACAGCUCAAACCAAACCAGGAACCAAGGAGGUGGAGAUUGGAGUUGAUAAUGAUGGGUUCAUAUACCUGGCCUUUGAGACGGAGGAGAUGAGCCAGGACAGCAAGUUUGUCUGGAGCAAGAACUACAGUGAGGCUAUUGAUGCAGGAAGAGCCAAGGUGGAGACUAAGAACAAUAGAUCCAUUCUGACCUUCACUGACCCGAGUGAGGAGGAUCUGGGCCUGUACACAGUGGGGCUUAGUGACAACCCUGCUGUCUCCUCCAGCUACACCUUCACUGCGGAGGACCUGGAGCGUCUCACAGAGCUGGGCUGGCACAUCAGAAACCCAUUGAUAAAGCUGAAGUCGGGCUGGAAGGUGGAGGUGUCGGAGCAGGGUAACGUCCGCCUGUGGCUACAAACUGAGGCCCUGUCCAACGCUGCUCAACUGUGCCUCAUCCUCAAUGACAGGGAGAUCUCAGGCACCCCGGCCCGCAAGGUUAACUUUGACAAGGCCAGCGGUCUGCUGGAGAUCCUGUUAGACCAGCUGGCCAAGGAGGACGAGGGCUCCUACACCGCACAACUGAGAGACGGCCGGGCCAAGAACCAGUUCACCCUGGUGUUUGUGGAUGAGAAAUUCCGGCAGACUUUGGCCAAAUCCCAGGCUAACAGACGUGACUGGAAGAGAAAAGUGGGACCUCACUUUGAGCAGUUUUUGUCCUGGGUCGUGACAUCAGACUGUGAAAUGAUAAUGACAUGCAAGGUGACCAACUUGAACAAAGACUCCACGCUGAAGUGGUAUAAGGACGGAGUAGAGCUGAAACAGGUGGUCACUGAGCCCUCUGGCGUUAGCUCCUUAACCAUUGCUCAGGUGACCAAGGGGGAGGCAGGUGUGUAUAGGGCGGUGGUGUCCGACAGCCGAGGGGAGGAUGAGAGCGUUGUGGAGAUGUUGGGCGAUGAGUUCGACCGGCUGAUGCAGAGCCUGGGUAAAAUGAGCGCCCUGUCUGCCAGUCCAAUGAGGAUCCAGUGCACUGCCGUAGGCUUUAAGCUGUACUGUUCCCUGAAGUAUUUCCUGAGCUACCUACAGACCAGCUGGCACUUCAAGGAGAGGAGGAUCGAUCUAGACGACAGGACAAAGCCUGGAACUAGCAUGCUGAAGGUGUGGAUUGAGAUCUUCCACCCCACUGAGAGCGAUAAGGGGAAGUACACUCUGGAGAUGUUUGAUGGUGUGGACACACAUAAACGCUCACUGGACCUCGCUGGCCAAGCAUUUGAUGAUGCCUUGUUGGAAUACCAGAGACUGAAGCAAGUUGCGGUAGCUGAGAGAAACCAAGCUCGAGUAACCAAGGGCCUGCCUGACGUGGUGGCUAUCAUGGAGGAAAAGUCCCUGUGUCUCACCUGCUUUGCCGACGGAGAUCCAGCGCCAGAGAUGUUCUGGCUGAAAAAUGACAGAGAAGUAGUCACCAGAGACCAGUACCACGUCGCCAAGGAGCCCAAGUGCAGCACCCUCACCAUCAACAAAGUCACUAUGGAAGACUCCGGCAACUACAGCAUCUUUGUACGCAACCAGUAUGGCAGUGAAACGGUCAAUGUGACCGUGAGUGUUUAUAAGCAUGGGGAAAAGCCCCGCGCUGACGCAGUGGAGAUGUAGUGUCACUGAAGCCCAUGACUUUCAAGGGAGGGCCUGCUGUUUGGCAUCUUCAUAGUCGCUUUCAUCAGAAAUGCUAUUAGGAAUCAGAUGCACUUCUUACAGACUGCUUUAAGUUGCAUUAUUGAUUGUUUGUGUGUUAUGGUGUGUCGGCUUUUCACAGCAAC